AUGGAACACAUUACCGAAAGGAAAAAAUAUCACAUAAAUGUCACCACCGAAAACUCUUUUGCCUCUCUACCGGAUGACGACGAAGGAACAUCGCUAUCAGCCACUUUGUUAAACCGGAGCUGCCCUAACUUAAAUACAAAUGUGUACCAGGAAUUAGAAGAACAUAAAUUACAAUUGACUGAAAUGCAAAAACAACUCCAAAUUACUGAAAAUGAACUUGAAGAGUUACUGUCGGAAAACAUAAAGCUAAAAGAAGAACUACAAACAUGCAGAAGGAAAAACGCUAGUCUUAUCAAGUUUGGAAAUUCACCGACACCAAGUCAUAAACAUAAAAAAAAAUUAUAA